UCAAAAGUCCUUUUCAUCAAAUUUGUUUUAGGCUUCGAGGACCACCUCAGUAUGUAGUUUUUGUUAAAUUAUAUUUAUAAGAAUUUGAGAUUUUAAAGUGGAAGUCAAGUCCGUAUGUAAACAAACAGUUUGUUUACAUUUUGAACUGCUGUAUUUUUUUAAAAUAUGAUGUACUGUCUGAGAAUAUCUAACACCAUUUUGGGGCUAUGCUUCUAAGGCUUCUAAAUGAAUAUGAAAUAGUAAGAGUUUAUGUUUAGAAAAAUUCGAAACAUUCGAAUGAAUUUGGGCAAUGUUUACAUUAAUAGGCGCAGAACGGACUUGACUGUUCCGGUUCAGUGUGUCGACUAAGGGAGUGGUCAUUAUUUAUGGGGAGGGGGGGUUGGGAAAUGGGGAAAAUAAGGAUUGAAAACUUUUUUGACCCCCCCCCCUCCAGACUGAAGGCAAACUUUUUGUGCCUCCCCCCUCAUAAAAGUAGAAACUUUUCUGACCCCCCCCCAGUGUGGAUUGAAAAAUUAACAGCAAUGAAACAGGUGUGCGUUGCAGGUAAAGUUAGAUAUUAGGACAAUCUGUUUAAUCUAGCUCAUGAUGUUUUACCCUGGUGAAUAUGAUUCAACCAUAUAUGAUUAAAAAAUAUAUAUUAUGUGUUACUACUUUGCAAUGCAACAUUUGUCCUACCAUAACCCUAACCCAUGACCCGUCUUCAUACAGCGAAAUGAUUUGAACACAGGUUUUUUUUAAGAACUUGUCUGGGGGGUGGGCAUCUACAAAAAGGGACCAUACUAUAUUGAGUGUGGAGAGAUGACAGAUGGUUGUUGGUGACAAAAAGUUUGGUGUGGUAUCGUAUGUACUAGUAGGGGGGUCUGGGGGUAUUCUCCCCCAGAAAAUUUUUUUAUUUUUCCACCCCUAGAAUUGAAAUGUGAGCAUUUUCCUCUGAGCAUUUUCUGAAACAGAUUUUUGGAUAUACAGCGUUACAUUGUGCGUUGAUAGACCGAAUCUGAUCAGUUAAGUGUACUUGCAUGGUAUGUUUAUGUAAAUACCACAACUGGGUCACUCAGGAGGUAGAAAGCUUGUUAAACUUAGUGGGCUCAACGGUCGCUCGGCGCCACCAUGGUUGGCGCCGAGCAGGGAAAUUUUGAACAUUUUGAGUCUCUAGAUCGUUGGAAAUAGCAUUUUCAGAGUCUUCUUUUUUGCUAUUUGUGAUUAUAGAAAUCAAAAACUUUUAUGACCCCCCUUUCUCUGUGUUAAAACUUUUUUGAUUCCCCCUAUUUAUAAGGGUAAAACUUCGUUUGCCCCCCCCCCUCCCAUUUCCCAACCCCCUCCCCCCCUCCCCAUAAAUAAUGACCACUCCCUAAAUACGAGAUGGACAUUUGGAACUUGCCUAAAUACGAGAUGGACAUUUGGAACUUGGAAACUGGUAUAUAGAAUGAAACCAAGAAAAUAUAUAACAUUUUGAUUUGACAUCCAUCUAUAUGAGUGCGUAUAUACGUCUCAGUUUUUUUAUAGUAUAGUCUAUACGAAUUAAACAUCGACGUUUUCCAGUCCAACCGUAUAUCGUACCGAAGCUGCGUAGCGUGUAUUUCCUUGUUUUGCUUGGGUGGAACCACGGUUAGUCGGUGGAACUGACUAGACAUACAUACAUACACACACAUACUGACUUUAGACUUAGUCACGCUAGCCUCAACAACUAAUUACAACUGUUUCAUGAAGCUUCCCAAAAAGACCCUGGGUACGAGGAUGCAUAGCGGGUGGGAAAGGGUAUUUUCGUGAGGCGUGAAUGGUCAAUAUUUGUUUGCGUGAAAUGCUUGAUUUUAGUGUCGUGAAAUGUGAUUUGUUCUACAUAACAUGAGUUCCAUUAUCGUUAAUAAUACAGAAAGAAAUUGAAAGAAAACAAUUAAAGCAAGUCUUGCAUUUUCGGUUCAGUUUUGAACCGAGCCAUAAUCAGUGUUUCCACUCCCAAAAAAAUAAUUUCCUUCUUCAUAACAAUUCUUCAUAACCCGAAAUUUCCUUUUUUUCCACAAAAUUUCCUUCCAAAAAUCUCUAAAUAUCCUUCCAUUUUUCCUUCAAAAUUUUUAUCAAAAUUGACAGAUUUACUUGGUAAUUAACAUCUAAUUCUAGUAUUGAAACACAUUAUAUUAAUUUAUAGCAGAUAACUCUGUAAUUUGCCGGUUAAAAUUAGCUUAUCUUCCCCCCUGGGGGACAAAAAGUAUAAUAAUCGGGGGCUACUUGCUGUGGGUGCGAAAAGGGAUUCCAUAACUGUUUCUUUCAUCUCUCCCCUCUGGACACACACACACACACAAGAAAUCCGUAGGGUCUUUCCUGCCCACGCUAAGUAGCCCACCCCAAGUAGAGUCUGAGAAAUAACUGCCUGGGUAUGAGGUUUGGUUGAGGGCCCCCUAUACUUUUUGCGUGAAGCGUGAAGGGCUUAUUUACUUAGCCGUGAAACGUGAUCGGGCCCCCUUUCUUAAUCCGUGACUCGUGAAAAGGCAAAAUAUUUUUACGUGAAAGCAUAUUGUGAAGAGGUAUAGGGGGCCCUCUUGGUUGUUAUUUCAAUAUAGCGAUUCUGGGAUCCUGUGCUAGAUACAUUUAAGCUUAAGCUUAUUUAUUCACGGUAGCCUUUCAGAAGUCUGUUUUUCAAAGGGCCGUGCACACUUACUAUAAAUUAUUAUAAAAAAUAUUAAAAUUAUUAAAUAUAAAACAAUCAUGCAUAAUAUACCUAUUUACAUAAACGUAUGGUUUGGCAGGAUGACCUCCCAAUUCAAAAACAAAAGCAAUCUAUUAGUCUUUUAAAAGAACUGAUGGAAGUUUCAGGUAUUUCUGUAAUUGGAAGUUUUUCCAUGAAAUUUGGUUCCAUGAAACUGCUCCUCUAUAGGAGAAGCUUCGUUUUAAAAAAUUCGUCUUAGAUUUUGGUAGGUAAAGCUUUUGAUGAUUAUUUCGUAGCUGGUAGGUUUGGUUAACGGAGACAUGAAACAUCUGUGUUAAGUAUUCUGGAGCCGUACCCCUAAGUGCUUUAAAUGUCAUCACUAAUUCUCGCUUUUUUAGUAUUGAUUGUAUUUUUGUCCAUUUAAGCAUUUGAAAAAUUUCAGAAGAUCGUUCUUCUAAGCCCGAUCUGGUAAUGACCCGUGCUGCACGCUUUUGCAAUUUGAGCAUUUUUUUGGCGUGCAUUUUAUUACCAUCAUACCAUAUAGUUGAACAAUAGUUGAAAUAAGGGAGUACAAAUGAUUUAUACAUCAUCUGUUGUGUUGCUUGAGGUACGUAAGGUUUCACUUUUCGUAACAUAGCUAUAGAACAAGAAAUCUUUUUAGUUUGUCAGUUUUCAACACGUUUUGUCUAUUGUAUUUUAUCGUCUAUUUCGAAGCCUAAGACUUUCUCUUGUAAACCCGUUUGAUUAUAUGAUCUCUAAUUUUAAUAAUAGGGUCAUUUCUGAUCUGUUUUAAGCGCUUUCCUGAGCCGAUUAGCAUAUACUCGGUUUUUUCUUCAUUUAAUGUUAAUUUGUUUGCAUCUAACCAAGUUUUAACGUUUUGGAUUUCCACCCCCAGUUUGUAUUCAAUUUCAAAAGAAGACUCUCCAGUUGCAGUUAAGCUUGUAUCAUCAGCAAACAUGGCGGGUUCAGUUAUUUCUAAACUAUUUGGCAGAUCAUUUAUAUAAAUUGUAAACAGGAGUGGCCCAAGGUUAGAUCCUUGUGGAAUGCCGCAUGUAAUAUUUUGGAAGGUUGAUAGCGAGUUAUUCACUUUGCAAAUUUGUUUCCUAUUACUAAGAUAUGACCGAAACCAUGACAGUGCUAAUCCACAGUUGCCAACUUUGCGCUAAUACAUAGUUGCCAACUUUGGAAGAAAGCAACGCUAAUGCAUAGUUGCCAACUUUGGAAAAAAACAUCCGUGAGAUCUCGCUUUGGGGGCUCACGAGGCGCCACCAUGGUUGGCGCCGAGCGGAAAAUUUUGAAAAUAUGGAGUCUCUAGAUCGUUGGAAAUGGCAUUUUCAGAGUCUUCUUUUGCACAAAAUUGUAUGAAAAUUGCCUUAUUCUUAGAAAUUAUGAGAUAAAAUAGAAUUUCCUUCUCAUUUCCCUCCUUAUAACAAUAUUUCCUCCCAAUUUCCUUCCAAACACUAUUUCCUUCCAAAUUUCCUUCCAAAGGCCAAAAUUUCCUUCCAAGUGGAAACGCUGCCGAGAUUUUCCGAAGUUAACAACUGUCUCUCUUUCUCGCUCCGCCUCUCCGUGCUACGUCAUGUAUAUAAUGUACACUACAGUGGAUCGAUACUAUAUGACAAUGACAGAUAGACUGGAGCAAGUCUAACAGCUGUGAGGCGUGAUUGCCGAUAAAAAUGCUCCGUGAAAUGAGAAUUAAGGAUGUCCGUUCCGUGAACUGUGAUUUUGCUUUGUUUAUUUCGAUCUAUUUUAUAAUAGUCAUAAUAUUAAAACAUGAUACGCGAUAAUCAAUUUAUAUGAUCUCACUCGAUUGCACAAGAGUAAAAACUUCGGAGGCCUUUCGGAGGUCGUCGUAUAUGCUCGUCACUCAAACUUGUAACCUAAGUUAUGAUGUAGUUUUUAACUGACAAUUAGAGAAGUGAGAGAACUUAAAGCGUAGAUACUGUACCAUGCAUUAAAUAAACCUAUUAUUAUUAGAAUCUAGUUUUCCGUGAAAUUGCUUUUUUAAGACACGUGAAUCGUGAAAUGGCUUUUUUUUUUCGUUGUGCCCCCCGCCGGUGUGGCCAUUAAGAAUGUUAUACGUAAAAACUGAUUUUAAGUAGUUGCGUCUUACAUCAUAGGUUGCUGCAGAAAUUACUCUUGCAGCGCGAUUUUGAUAUUUUGCAGCAUUUUGAUAUCUUUGAGUCCAGUUCCGCCAAAGUUAGUAGAAAUACUAUUAAUUAACUAUGGUUCCAGCGGGAUGCAAUAGUCAAAAUAAGUUUGCAUAAUGCAUGGCAUUAUGAGCAUUUUUAGUAUCAGUAUGAUCGGAAAAAAAUGAAAAAUGCUACGCUAACCGAUUACACCUUGAUUUUUUCAGUAUUUAUCUGUCUAAUUUCCAAUAUUUAUACCAGCUCAGGUUGUCCCAGACGUGAAAGACGUCUUCUACCGAAUAUAAUUAUGUAAACAUAUAGCCUGCACACAGCCUCGAUCAAACGAUGUCAUGAAACUGUGCGCGGAAAAUACAUAAAAGGCUUCUCACUUCAACCAACAUUGCGUUGAUACAGGCUACAUAUUGAAAAUAAAUUAGCGACAUUUGACACGAACUCUGUCUGAGUUGUGACAGAGAGAUGAAGAAGGUAGACUAAACAAUAAUGAAAUUUCGACAGCGAAAUAAUAAUUCUGAAAAUAUAUAAUUCUGAAUAAACACUUUACUGAAGACCUUCUUUAAGAGAGGCAGUCAACUUUAUCAUGGUUUAAUGCUACGUCAUACAGUUAAGUCAUGGACGCUGAUGGAGCGCUGGCUCAUGCCAAGUGGUAGUUUUACUGAUUAAUUCUAGAAUAUUAUCAAUUUCCGAAAGGUAUGGUAUUCUAUGAAGCUUCGAUCUAAUGUCGGGUAAACUCUAGCCUGCGAAAACAGCGCGCCUCUAUUUUGCUGCUCCUAUUAAUAUAACGUCGCAGCAGCAGCAAAGUAGAGGCUGCCGUUCGCAGGCCGUAGGUAUAAACUCAGUCUCAGCUGACGCUUCAAAAAGCGUAAAACGUUUUGGAAUGUUCAUUAACUAAUACCAAAAUUAAGUAGAAAACAGUAAUCACACUGAAAAAUUCAUGAUUACAUGAAGCAACAAAUACAUGCAAUCAAAGCAAACUGUACUUAACGCGGUUCCCGUCAUAUAUAUCUCUUCUAAGUCUAGCUUAAUUCUUAUGAUUUCUAAAGUAAAAUUGAAAAAAGUAAUCACAUUUUAUUUUAACUUCCCAUGCAUAUAUUUUCAAAAUCCUCCUUAUGUCACUCCUGCCUGCAGACAGUGACUUGGGGAUAUAGAUCAGCCUGGGGAAUGAUUAAUGUUGUUUUCUGUUAAUUUAAUUAAGGAUAAGUGUAUCCGAUCAUGCAGCAAGAAACGGUAAUUAUAAAUUUCAGUACACCACUGAAUAAAUACAGCUGCCACACGAUAUGGCGCAGUCAUCGACGUUCGAAUAUAUAUAACUAUAUGAAGCCAAAUAUAUGUAGAUCCAUCAGACAAGGAAUGUAUACAUGAUAUACAUACUAUUAACGUUUGAUGAACUUUAUCAUCGUAUUAUAAAUAGUACUUAUGGUCUGGUCAUACAAUAAUUAUAUGGAGGAAAUUGUGAAUAUGAACUUCGAUGAUCAAAGGGCGGAUUUUACAAUCGAGACAACUGAUGUUGAAAAGAUCUGAAGGUGCACAAAUCAUGCAGCUAGUAUCACAGUUCAUGGUCAAGACCUAGCCGCCUAUAUGAUUACGAUUAUAGUUAUACAGAGUGUUUUAAGAGUGCGUAUAUCAUAUUACACACAUAUAUAUAUAUAUAUAUAUGCAUAAUAGCCAUAGGCGUUGUUUUUCUUGACAAGAAGAGUGCUCAAUUCUAUAAUUUAACAACUAUCGUUACACAGUGUUUCAUGCCUUUAGGACUUUAGGCAAUCAUCAGACGACAGAUUACAUUCAAUUAUUGAAUAUUGUUCUCUAUUUAUAGUCUACAAUGCACACGGGCAAUAUAUAUAUAUAUAUAUAUAUAUAUAUAUAUAUAUAUAUAUAUAUAUAUAUAUAUAUAUAUAUAUAUAUAUAUAUAUAUAUAUAUAGUUCAUAAUUUCCAGUCUUCAAUCCGUCCUAUGACGACUGUUCUUGUUGUCCAUGACGCAUUCACUCGAGAACAUUUCAUCUUUCUGUGAUUUAUAACAUUUCAUGCGCUCGUGUGCGUUCAAUAUUGAGGAUUGAGUGUAUACAGAUUUCAUUUUUCAUACUUAGAAAGAUAAUUAGGGUUUUAGCUUUAGAAUAAUACCCUUCUUGUAUCAUUCUAAGCAAAAUUGACCAAAUACGAGCCGAUUAAAAAUUGUGUCGAAAUCACGUAUUUUCAUCUACAUCAAUCAAGUCAGUACAUAACAAAAGGAAAAGCAAUUAUAUUAAUCACUAAUUGUCUUGCCAAACAAAAAGCCUUAAACAGAAGUGACAACACAGGCUUUUUUAAUUAAAAUUAAUGAAUUUUCGUUCCAAAAGGAAUUUAUUUUGCAUCAAUUCCCGCCAACGGUGGAAAAUGCGAUAUUUUCGAUCGGCAAUUUUUAAUCGGGCGAUUCGUAUUUGGUCAUUUACCUUUAUGUCAGUGAUACAAAAAGCCCUCGGCAUACAUGCAUGUAUAAAUAAGGGUAUAUAUUAAACCUCGUAGUAAACGUUCGUUGUUCGAAAAUGGCUCUUCGAUCAAAACGCGGUUUUAGUGAGAAAAAUUGUUGGUUUAUUGUUUCUAUAUAGGCUAUCAUCUUUUAAUGUGUGUUUUGUUGUAUCAGAGAGAUUUACCAAAUUACCAGUCUGGUAGAUAACACUUGACGUCUCGGGCUUAAAUAACCAUGCCAUGCAUUUAUAGGGGCCACCAUGCAUGCAGUCUAACAUGCAACAUUCGGCGGUUGCAUGGAUGCAUCACUGUUAGGUCAUGAUUAAACCGCGGCUAUGCUUAUAAUAUAUAUAUGCUGGUAAUGUUGGCUAUAAUAUUACAGCAUUCAUAGAUCUGGUAGAACACCAUGACUAAUUUAUUCAAUAUUUUCAUCCAAACAUAAAUUAGUGUAUAAAACUGCGCCAAAGCCGGCGCCAAUAUUAAAGACGAUCCUAUAUGCGGUGUAACAAUGUUGGACUACAUAUGCAUGCAUGUCAGCAUGUGUAUUGAAUAUUCUCGAGAAGUUACUGAUGUGUAUGCACAGACUGAGAAUAUUCUGCCUACAAACAUGUAUAUUUUCUGCCAUUUCUAGGCCAAAGACAAAGUAUGGAAAAACAUGUUCCUUGCCAACGAAAGAAACAAUGUUGCUGCCUACGACUCAAGUUCUCUCUAUGUCAGUCUAUUUUUGGCAUCAUAUUAGUAAUCCUUGGUGUUGUUUUAAGACCAGUGAUUGACCAAGUCUUUAGAGAUAAAAUUGACGAAAAUUUAGUGUUAAAACCCGGCUCACCUACAUACAAGCCAUGGGUAAAAUCAACUGUACCAAUUUACGCAAAAUAUUAUUUCUUUCACAUCGUGAAUCCAGACGAAGUAAAGAAAGGAGCUAAACCAGUUUUAGAGGAAAGAGGUCCAUAUACCUGCAUAGUGCAUACACAGAAAUUCAAUAUUACAUGGCAGCAUAGCAAUGCAACUGUCUCUUAUGAUGAAAGAACGUGGUAUAUCAGUGAUAGUGCAUCGUCGUGCGGUGAGUCGUGUGAUCCAUUUAAUGAUGAAAUAACAACAAUUAAUAUACCACUAAUGACAGUUGCUGCAAUAUUAAAAAAUUAUCCAGAUUUCUUGCAUUGGAAAAGGCUCGUUAGUGGUAUUUUGAAUAACUUUAAUGAACAAUUAUUCAUUACUCGCAAGGUUCAUGACUUACUAUGGGGAUACAAGGAUCCUCUUCUGGCCGAAAUGAGUAAACUUAGGGAAGAAAUACCUGGACUCAAAAACUUCAUUCCACCUUUAAGUUCCACAGUAUUUCUUCAGCCUAAUAAUACACUCCAAGGCCGUACUGUUGUACACACUGGGGCGAAGGACAUUCAGAAUUUAGAACAAUGGAAAAGCUGGAAGGAUAAAGACCAUGUUGGUCUCUGGUUGACAAAAUACGCCAACAUGUUAAAUGGUACGGAUGGUAGACAAUUUGCUCCCAGGGUAAAAAAGAGCGACAAAAUUUAUAUAUUUGUUAUCCAAUUAUGUCGAUCAUUGUAUAUAACCUACGAUCGUGAGCUAAAAGACCAAGAUAUUGAUGUUUAUCUGUUUGCAAUUCCUCAAGAAUUAUUUCUUAAUGGCUCAGUUAAUCCUGAUAAUGCCGCAUUUUAUCCUAAUGGAUUUCUUCCGACCGGCAUUCUGGACCCUCGAAAGUGUCAAGGUGGGGGAGUCCUAUCCCCGGUAUUUAUCUCCGCACCGCAUUUUUAUCUCGGAGAUCCAAGCUUGGUAGAUGGGGUUGUUGGCGUCAAACCAAAUAAGGAGAAACACCAAUUUUCGUUUGAUGUUGAACCAAAUAUGGGUGUUAUUACUUCAAAUGAUAUCAGACUGCAAGUGAAUGUUCUGAUUGAAUCGGUUAAAGAUAUAACUGAAACCGCUUCAGUACGCAAAGUUUAUGUACCAGUCAUGUGGUUUCAGGAAUCAGCCACGUUAGAUUCAGACACUACAGCCUUAUUUCGCAAUGAUAUCAUUAUCCCAAUGGAGAUUUUUCAUGAUGUUGAAAUAGCUCUAAUAUGUCUAGGAGCGUUACUUGUGUUAAUAGCUAUGAUUAUAUUUUGUCGCACUAUAAACAGUAAAACUAGAAGACCAGCGAUAUGUUGCUGUAACAAUGAAGAACGAUUGCCGCUUAUUAAUGCUGAAAAACUAAAUGAUAAUGACGUAAUGGAAGUGAAGAAAAAUUAAUGAUUUAGGUGACGAAACAGCCUCGUACAUAUCUAAUCGCGCUAAGCGACUAUAUAGAGAUCAGUGGCUAAGCUGAGCGCGCGCGCAGGGGUGCUUGGGGAGGACGCGACGGAAGAAGCGUCCUCCCCAAGCACCCAUGCGCGCUCGCCCUGAUCUCUAAAUAGUAGCUUAGCGCGAUUAUAUAUUUUUUCUCUAAAGCGCCUGGGUACGAGGCUGGUGACAAAAGGAUAUACAAUAAUUUAGUCCACACGCACUCUAAUACAACACUGUAAGUCAAAAUUUCCUGGUUAAUUAAACUAAAAAUUUGUGGG